AUGUUGAAGGGGACAGUGGAAGCUCUCUUGCAAGAAAGCACAGGCUUCCUCAAGCUCAUUCGUCUGCUGCUGGGGAGGCAGAUGCUGGCCAGGGCUAUGGACAGCUUCCCAGGGCCUCCCACCCACUGGCUCUUCGGGCAUGCCCUCGACUUCCUGAACAUCUAUGAUCCUGACUACACCAAAGCUGUGUACAGUCGAGGAGAGUCUAAGGCCCCAGAUGUGUUUGACUUCUUCCUCCAGUGGAUUGGGAGAGGCUUGCUGGUCCUCCAGGGGCCCAAGUGGUUUCAGCAUCACAAGCUGCUCACACCUGGCUUCCCUUAUGACCUGCUGAAGCCCUACCUGGCCGUGUUCACAGAGUUCACACAUGCCAUGCUUAGCUGUGCGAGCCUUGCCCUGCCUGACACCUGCUGCGGGCCGGGUGCUGACCAGGACAAGUGGGAGGAAAACUCUCGUGAGCAUAAGAGCUUUGACAUCUUCUGCAAUGUGGGCCACAUGGUGCUGGACUCGCUCAUGAAGUGCACCUUUGGCAGAGGAAAGAGCAGCCUGGGCCACAGGGACAGGAGCUACCGCCUGGCGGUCAGCGAUCUCUCGCUGCUGAUGCAGCAGCGCUUCGAGUCCUUCCAGUACCACAAGGACUCCAUCUACUGGCCCCACCAGGUCAUCAGGGAACGGAAGGCAGCCUUGCAGGACAAGAAAGAGUGGGAGAAGAUCCAGAGCUGGAGGCACCUGGACUUCCUGGACGUUCUCCUGGGGGCCCGGGAUGAAGAUGGGAUCGAGCUGUCAGAUGCAGACCUCUGGGCCGAGGUGGACACGUUCAUGUCUAAAGGCCAUGACACCACCACCAGUGGCAUGUCCUGGUUUCUCUACUGCAUGGCCCUGUACCCCGAGCGCCAGCAUCAUUGCCGGGAGGAGGUGCGAGAGAUUCUUGGGGACCGGGACUCCAUCCAGGGCCCGGAAAGGCCUGGCUGUGUUGCUGGCAGCGAUGAUCUGAGGAAGAUGACCUACCCGACCACGUGCCUCAAGGAGAGCUUCCGCCUCUACCCCGCCGUGCCCCAGGUGUACCGCCAGCUCAGCAAGCCCGUCACUUUGUGGAUGGUCGCUCUCUACCUGCAGGUGGGAUGGGGUGGAUUCGGGGUGGAACCGGAGUCCUUGCGGGUGCUCUCUGUACCCUCGCACCAGAACUGCCUCGCACAGCAGUUUGCCAUGAACAAGAUGAAUGUGGUCACAGCCCUCUGCUUGCUCUGUUUUGAGUUUGCCCUGGACCCCUCAAGGCCACCCAUCCAGAUACCCUGUGCUCCAAGAAUGGCAUCCACCUCCACCUGA